AAAUAUUGACCAUUGGAAAAAGUCGCGUCGUAUCGCAGUCAUCAGUCGUAACCGAGUCCCCGCAGCACGCGUCCCCCUCGGCGCGCGUCGGUCGUCUUCGGCUUGUGGUCUCGGUCGCUAGUUAUUUUUCGUUCCCGCCCGGCGUCUUGCUCGCGCCCAACAAGUGGUGCAGACGCUCCCGCGACGCGAGACUAUCAACUUCGCGAGUCGCUCCUCACGCGCGGAGUCGCGUGUACUGUGAACAGAGACUGUGGUGUGUAGAGUCGAGUGUAGUGUAGGCUGGCGUCGAUGCACCUCCCGCACGCGAGCCCGGCGCCCAGCAUGGCGGACGUGUACAGCCACAUCCACGAGUACUACCGGCAGAGCCACGGCGAGCUGGUGCCCACGGGGUCCCCGGCGGUGCUGUGCUCGGCGCUGCCGGGCCACUGGCGCUCCAACAAGUCGCUGCCGGUGGCGUUCAAGGUGGUCGCACUGGACGACAUCCAGGACGGCACGCUGGUCACCAUCAAGGCCGGCAACGACGAGAACGUCAUGGCCGAGCUGAGGAACUGCACGGCGGUGAUGAAGAACCAGGUGGCCAAGUUCAACGACCUGCGCUUCGUGGGCCGCAGCGGGCGCGGGAAGUCCUUCUCGCUGACCAUCACCAUCAGCUCGUUCCCGAGCCAGGUCGCCACCUACACCAAGGCCAUCAAGGUCACCGUCGACGGCCCGAGAGAACCCAGAACUAAGCAAAGUGAGUAUUACUACGGCUACGGCCACCCCGGCGCGUUCAGUCCAUUCCUGCUGAACUCGGGCUGGCUCGACGCCGCCUACCUCAACUAUGCCUGGGCCGACUACUUCCGGCCGCCGCAGCUUAGAGACCAGGCUGCCGCACUUGUUAAAGGAGGUACUGCUCCGCUGGCGACGCCGCCCGCGCUGCCGGGGGCCGAACUGUUCCCGUUCCCGCCGGCCAUGGCCAGCCUGCCCGCCGGCGGCCUGCUCCCGCCGCCCGGCGCCUUCCUGCCGCCCAACGGACUCCUGCCCUUCCCUCCCCAUCCUGCAGAGCUAGCGAUGAAGAUGCCACCCGAGCUAUCCAUGAAGAACGGCAUAAACCCAUUCGACUUCACCGGUCUUAGAAAUCUACAAAGCAACGUGUCCUCCAUCGACGCCUCGAGUGCCCACCUGUCGCCGACGAGCAGCAGACACAGCGGCAGCCCCCGCAGCAUGAUCAACGCGAGUCCGGACCGAUCGAAGGCGGACUCCAAGUCGGACGUGAACUCGACGCACGAGGCGACGAUGUCGGACGAGUCGGACGAGGAGGUGAUCGAGGUGGUGAAGUCCGCGUUCCACCCGGCGCGGCCCGCCAGCCUGGCGCUGCGCGACGCGCGGGUGCAGGCCGCGGACUCCACCACGCGGCCGCCGCGAUGCGAGCUCAAGGCACCGUCAUCGCGGGCCACGCGCCUGCACUCCUCCAGCCCCAUAUCCACCAAGAUCGCAAAUGGUGCCAUCUCCACGCAAAAGUCCGUCUGGCGGCCAUAUUGACUCUACUAGCGAAAUAAAAUGGGUGUUAAAUUUAGUGUCCGCGCGGAGCGGAGCUGUUCAAAUGUGAUAAAACUAUGAGCUUGUACAUAUUAGAUACAGAAGUAGAUUUAUAUUACAGGAAAUAUUAUAUAGAUUAUAUUGUAAGAUUUUAAGAGAUAGGAUUGUUUGACUAACAAAUUGGUGUACAUAAAGAUGUCGUAUUUAAAAAGAUUUUUAUUGCAAAUGUGUUCAAGCUUGUCAAAGUUGGUAGUUGUAAGUGUAAGUAGGAUGAUUUAAAUAAAAGAUUAUUAAUGUUAAAAUGGACGACUCGAGGCAUGUAAGGCCAAAUAAGCUUCGACGACGACGACUGAUUAUAUUGUAAUGUUAAGCCAACGUAUAGUGUUAAUUUGAAUCUGUAAAUAAUGUAAUAUAAGAUAUUUAUUAAAGAUGGAUGUAAUAGUUAUGUAAAUAAUGUAGAGAUAUGAAAUACAAAAAAUGAUCUUCACAAAUUAUA